UCGACAACGACAUUCCUCGACUAGAAUAUCCGGACGUGAAGCUUUUCUUGUUCCUCAUUCUCGCGACAAGGAGAAAUUCUACUCACAAUUUGCGGUUUUCUCAAGAAAGAGUGGCGCGAGCAGUGCAUUCUCCAUCAAGACCCGCUCCUUACAUAACCUCUUCCCUUUCGCGCAUUGGGAGCACAAGACAAGACCACGAUUGAGCAUUCCACAUUGAAGCAUUGCUCGUUCGUGUCGAAUCUGAGCGAAAGCGCAUCAGUCAAGCGCACUGAAGUCGAAACCAGCCAACACUCUCGGACAAGACCCUCUUCAAUCUGGACAUGAACCGAUAGGCACCACAAUGGCAAGCAACCAAAUCCUCAGCCUCAUAGGCUGGUACGUUCUCCCAGACCUCGUAACAGGCUACGUCCAAAGCACACUCUACGCAAUCUUCAUCCGAGCCGGCGACCCCAAACCCCAACGCGGAACCCCCCGUUUCGCCCGCGACAGACGCUACAUCCACAUCGCCGUCCUCGUCGCCUACCUCUUAUACACAAUCUACGAAGCCGACCACCAAAUCCAACAAGCCGGAGACUUCUACCGCCUCCUCGGCGUCCCUCACAACGCAACCGAAAAAGCCAUCCAAUCCAAAUUCCGCCGCUUGACAGUCCAAUAUCAUCCCGACAAAAUGGCCCCUGGAGCGGAUAAAUCUUCUGUAGAAGAUAUGUAUGUGCAAUUAAAACUCGCCAAAGAUACUCUCGCGGACCCGGCGAAACGUUUCGCGUACGAUCGACUCGGACCGACGAUUUUAUCAUGGCAGAAAAGCAAAGUUAUCAAAGACUUUAUCUUUACUGGACUCCAGCAUUCCGGAGGUUACUAUAUCGGAUCCAUCGGGAUUCUGGUCAUACUGGCCUUCUUAGGAUAUCUUCGACAAGCGAUGUUCUGGAGAUAUCUGAUUAUGGUUUCGUUGUUCGUGAACGAGGCGACGGUUGUAACGAGGCCGCAAUUUCCGGUUUUGUUGACGAGAGUGGUGAAUCCGAUUGCGGAGUUUACGGGGUUGAGACAGCCGUAUUUACCAUUUCAGAUGAUUGAGUUGUUGAGGGCGUUGAUUGUGACGUUUUUUAUUGCGUUGAGUCAGUUGGGGCCUUUGUUGAAGGAUCCGAGGCAGGCGGCGUUGGAGGAGGUUGGGAAAGAUGGGGCUCUGUCGGAGCAGGUGGUCAAUAGACUUGAGGCUGUGACGAAGGCGACAGAUGCGGAAGUGGCGAGGUUGAUGGCGUUGGAGUUGACGCCUUUUACGGAGCAGCAGGGCGCGGGGAGUGAUCUGAGGACGGGGUUGAAGGACUGGUUGGUGCAGAAUACUAUUCGAGCUGACCCGGAAGUGAAGUCGGCGAUUGAGACGAUGCUGAGGCGAAGAAGAGCAGAAGGCAAGAAUAACUUAGGAAUUGGCGAGGCUCAGCGGGCAACCACUGGCUAGCAAUGUUGAAGUUGUUCUAUGUAUACUCUGUAUUUCUAUCAUGAUCGCAUGAACCCCAUACCUAACCCUCUUACGAAUCGUACUUCGUCUGCGUUGCGCUCUAAA